UUCAGUUAUCAUCAUGAACAUAUGUUGGUCGAUUUUCCUUCUCGGAGUCACGACCGCAAUCGAAUCACACUACUAUGCCACAUCAACCCGCGAGGUGGCAUCUUUGCUGCAAAUGGAGGACGAACUAAUUGGAUAUAUGCGUCAGUAUGCGAUGGAAUUGCAACACAAAGUAAACACAAUGCGGACUUUCCAGAAGGAGUGGAUGACCAGGAGGGCGCUAGGACCCGCUGAUCCUGCGCCCUAUGUGGCCAAUCCGUUGAUAAGCUUUCCGCUCAUGCGACGCAUGUAUACGGAUGUUCCCAAGUUGCUGGAAUUAGCUCGUGAGGAGGUCAAGCAGGGACCAUUUCAACAAUUUAUUGAUUAUGAUCUGAGCAGUAUUUCUGACGUAGAACUUGAAACUGCUGCAACUGGUAUGAUGCGAUUUCAGGGCGUUUACGGUAUGGAUGAAAGCGAAAUGGCCAAUGGAAAACUACAUGGCAAACAGUACAACUCCAGAAUGAGUGCUGCAGAUUGCCUUGCUGUGGCCACUCAUCUAGAGAAUGUGGAAAAGGGCAAACUGGCAUGCAAGUGGUUUAAAGUCGCCCUUGAUCAGUAUGAAGAGAAAUUUGAUCCUGUAAACAGACUACUUCAAACAGGACGCUCUCAAAUCUACGAGAAGUUUGGUCUAACUUUGCUCGCUAUGCAUGAUUUACCAGCCAGUCAGGCUGCAUUUAGGGAGUCUAUUGAGUGGGCCUCUAAGGAUGAUAACACUGAGCUGGCCAAACACUUGAAGGAUAACCUAGCCCAUAUGUUUGUGCAUGUGGACAACUGCCGGGGCAAAAACCUCCUUCCCAGCAAAUCCUACCUCCGCUGUCGUUACUUAAGAGAUGGUUCCCCGUUUCUCCGAUUGGCUCCUGUCAAACUUGAGCAGCUCAACUUUGAACCCUUUGUUGGGCUCUUUCAUGAUGCUAUCUCACCAGCAGAGCAGGAGGACUUGUUACAUCUCACGGAUUCUAGGUUAGAGCACACACGAAAAGAAAGUUCCAGUGUAGAGGCCAAAGUGGAUACAAAUGCCUCAGAUCAUGUGAGACGAAUGCACCAAAGGAUCGAGGAUAUUACAGGAUUCGAAAUGGAAGAAAGCGAACCACUGACAGUUUUUAACUAUGGCAUUGGAGGUCAGGAGCUCAUCCACUUGGACUGCGAGCAGCCCGAAGAGUUUAUUGGAUACUACCCAAAAGAAUACCGCUCGGCAUCUGUAAUGUUUUAUCUCAGUGAUGUUCAAAUGGGUGGCUAUGCCUCUUUUCCGGAUCUGGGCUUUGGCUUUAAGCCCCGUCGGGGAUCGGCUUUGGUUUGGCAUAAUACUGACAACUCCGGCAAUUGUGAUACCCGAAGCUUGCAGGCCACCUGCCCGGUGCUCCUUGGUAAUCAAUGGGUGGCCAAAAAGUGGAUCAGUGGGUCAGGCCAGUGGCGCAGGAAGUCGUGUCGGAAGUAAAGAAAAUGCAGUUUUCCAUUCGGUUUUUAUCCACUUUUGCGAUAAUUUAUUCAAUAAUUUUGUCGUUAUUUAUAUUAUGAUAAUAAAUUUUAUGCACUA